GCACACAGCAAGCGGAGGAAAUCAGAGCAUUCUAGUAAAAAUUGAACAAAUCUUUUCUGUUAAAAGAAUUUCCAUAUUUGGACACACAUACGAUGGAUGCGAACACCCUGGCGGAAAUUAAGUCGACCCUGGGCGAAAGCCAGUACAGAGCAAAGAACUACGAGGCGGCGCUAAGGUCGUACUCGGAGGCCAUCGAUCUGUUCCCGGACUCGGCGGCCUAUUACAACAAUCGCGCAGCUUGCUACUAUGAGCUCCUUGACCCCGGCAGUGCCCUGGCGGAUGUCAGUCACGCCCUUCGCAUAGAUCCUGGCUUCGAUAAGGCCUACGUCCACAUGGCCAAGUGCUGUCGAGUACUGGGCGACCUGUUCGGCAUGGAGAGUGCCGUAAAGAAGGUGUUUGAGGCGGAUCGUAACAGCACAGCGGUCAACGAAGAGCAGAUGGCUUUGCGGGAGAUCCGCCGAUUAGAGCCCUUUAUUAAGAGCACUUACGACCGAAUGUUCUUUGGUGCUACGAGGGUCUACCUGGAUUACAUUUUAAUGAUGGCCCCAGCAACAGUUGGGUAUCGUAUCCUGAAAGCCGAAUGUCUGGCUUAUCUGAAUCGGUGUGAUGAUGCCCUGGAGAUUGCCGCGGACGUGAUCAGGCAAGAUCCCACCUCAGCGGACGCAAUCUUUGUGCGCGGCCUGUGUCUCUUUUACACGGACAAUGUGGAGAAAUGCAUCCCGCACUUCGAGCACGCCUUGUUGCUGGAUCCCGAGCACGAAAAAUCCAAGCAGAUGCUCAUCAAGGCCAAAAAAGUCAAGGCGAUGAGAGAGGAAGGCAAUAGGCUGUUCAAGAUGUACCGGUAUCGGGAGGCGUAUCUCGUCUUCACGGAUGCCCUUGCGAUAGAUGUCAACAACACGAACAUCAACUCGAAGCUGCAGUACAACCGGGCACUGGCUCUGGUGCUGCGCGGGCAGUGCCUCCUUAAACUAGGGAUAUUCGAAGAGGCAGUCGCCGACUUUAAAGUGGCCCUGACGCUGGAGAGCAGCGAAGAAAUUAAAAAGUUAUGGCGCGACGCCAAGCAGGGCCUGCAGCGACUGGGUUGCUACGGGAUACUGGGUGUUGAACGCAAUGCAUCCGACGAUGACAUACGGAGGGCGUUCUACCAGAAGGCAAGGCUCCAUCAUCCGGACAAGCAUGCGAGUGACAGUAACGAGAAGCAGGAGGAGGAGAGGCAUAAGUUCUUGGAGGUAGUCGGGGCAUAUGAGAUGCUAUCCAAUGGGAGAAAGUGCUCACGAGACGAGAUCGGCCAGGAGAUGGAAGCCAGUCCUGACCUAGAGGAAAUGUUUCGCUCUUUUUUUUGGAACGAAAGUAUUCCUCUAAAUUCGGGUCGCUAAAAUAUCACCAACAUCUACAGUAUCCACAAAAUGUCUAGUGUAUUGUUCAUAUUUGCGAAUUUCCGAUUACAAUUCUUGUAUAGA